AUGGUAGUGAAUACGAAGAAGGUGACGAAGAAACGCAAAAGUCAGGCUGUGGAGACUGUCAAGAAGGAAGACUCCGAGUUGGACACAGACCCCGCUCAAAAGAAGAAGAAAAAGGUCGUGCGUAAGCGAAAGACGGCGGAGGAAAAGCAGGCCGAGGCCAUGCCGCUCGCUGCUCGAACGGUCGGACACAAGCUGUACAUCGGAGCGCACGUGAGCGGCGCGGGGGGUGUCCACAACGCCGUCUUGAACAGCCAUCACAUCGGAGCCAAUGCCUUUGCCUUGUUUCUCAAAUCUCAGCGCAAGUGGGCCAAUCCCCCAUUGCUGGACGACGUCUGCACGUCUUUCCACUCCAAUUGUGGCUCUCAUACGUAUGAUCAGGCCAAGUACGUUGUGCCACACGGCUCAUAUCUCGUCAAUCUCGCGCACACCGACAAGACCCGCACCGAGCAGGCCUACGACUCGUUCCUCGACGACCUCAAACGCUGCGAGCGCCUGGGAAUCGUCUACUACAACUUUCACCCCGGCACCAACUCGUCAGGGGUCGACAGACCAACCGCAAUCCGACACCUCGCCUCCAACAUCAACCGCGCGCACAAGGAGACGUCUUCGGUAAUCACCCUGCUCGAGAACAUGGCCCACGGCGGAAACGUUCUCGGCAGCACCUUCGAAGACCUCCGCGACAUCAUCGCCCUGAUCAACGACAAAUCCCGCGUGGGCGUGUGCCUCGAUACCUGCCACGCUUUCGCCGGUGGUUACGAUCUCCGGACUCCGUUCGCGUUCAACGACACCAUGUCCAAGUUUCACGAACUCGUGGGCACCAAUUACCUCCGCGCCGUCCACAUGAACGACUCCAAAGCACCUUUUGCUUCCCAUAAGGAUCUACAUGCCAAUAUCGGCACCGGCUUCCUCGGCUUGCGAACCUUUCACAACAUCGUCAACGAUGCUCGAUUCGAGGGUUUGCCGUUGAUCCUCGAAACGCCGAUCGAAGCGAGAGACGACGAUGGGGUGCUGUUGAAGGAUGAAAAGGGAAAGGAGAAGGAGGAUAAAGGGGUGUGGGCGCGGGAGAUCAAGUUGCUGGAGUCGCUCGUUGGGAUGGACACUGAGAGCGAGGAGUUCUUGGGGCUGGAGGCCCAGCUCGCGAGAAAGGGGCGGAAGGAACGGGAGAGAAUCGAGGGUCAGAUGGAGAGGAAACGGGAGAAGGAUGCUGCCAAGGCGGACAGGGCGGCUAAGAAGGGCCAGAAGGGAGUCGGAAAGAAGAAAAAGAAGGCGUCGGACGAAAGUGAGGAGUCCGAGCUGAGCGAGCUUGAUGAUGGAGCUGAGAGCGCGGGAUGA